CAGAGCCAGAGCCAGUGUCAGAGCCAGAGUCUGGUACACCAGAGCAGAGCUUCAGGCAUCGCUAUUCCCCAACACGCCUUUGGCAUCGCGACGCGGCGCGGCUCGUGAAUACAUAAAAAUCGAAAUCCGGUCUAACAAAUAGAUAUAUCCCGAUCGUCAUACAAUACAUUGUAUUCCAGAUACAAAGAAUUUGGGGCGGGCAUUACUAUUGAGAAGAAAUGAUGAAAGCCACAGCGUGGUUUUGUCCGGUGUUAUUAACUUUACUGUGUGCAACGAGGCUCGUUUGUACGGCACAGAGGGGCACGGGCACGGGCACAGACGCAGAGCAGCAGCCCGCCGGAAACAGCCACACAAACGGAUAUCCUUUGGACUACCUGGAUGCACGGAACACACAGGAUGAUUUUUUGCUCGCAAAGCGCAACAAGCCGUCCCUGUCCAUCGUCAAUCCGUUGGAUGUCCUGCGUCAGAGGCUGCUCCUGGAAAUAGCGCGCAGGCAAAUGAAGGAGAACACGCGGCAGGUCGAAUUGAAUCGGGCCAUUCUGAAGAACGUGGGCAAACGAGUCUACCUAAGACCGGCGGCGGCAGAGGCAAUGCUAUCCAGCCCGUACUCGCAGCAGCUGGAGAGGGCACUGGCAAGGAGCAACAAGCGCCAACAGAAGAUGCACUGGACCAAUUUCCCCAGUCCACUCCAGUGGAGCUAUGCGAUGCCGCAGUCCCCAGACACAUCACAGUUUCAGAGUCAGAGUCAGAAAUCACAAGCUCGGAAGUUAUUCAACUAUGCAAAAAAAUCUCUAAACGGUGCUGGGGCUGGACCAGGUCUGGGCAUGAGUGUGGCGGCGAAACAUCCAGCUGACGGAAAUGAAGUUGCAAAUGAAAAAUAUCAUGAAAAUCAUGGUGAUAGAAAUGCUGCGAUGGCCAGCAAAAACGCAACCAUAUAUGUGGCAGACACGGACGAGGUCGACGAUGACAACGAGAACGAAAACGAGGAGGAGGAGAGCCGGGUGGAGCAGGCGUUUGAGGAGGACAAACCCAAUUUGGAACCGCACGGAAUGGCUGCAGGUGUGGACAAUACAAUUGAAUAUAUUCCGUGGAACCUGCUCUACCGCUACCUACCGCAAAGAAAGCACUAUAACGAUAUAUAAGUGGCUAAAGAUUGAGAUGCAAUUACAGACUACGGAUUACGGAUUACAGAUACGGUAUACGGUUACACAUGCACCAAAACGCAUAUAGAAAUGCAUAUAGAAAUGUACAUUGACGGUUCCUAAAUGGCUGGCUACAAGGCAGGCAUGUUGUGUGGUGCACAUACUCCGCAUCCAAUCCACAUCCACAAUCGGCUCCACUCCACUCGAACCCUUCGAUAAAUCCUUUUUCAAUGUUGCUAAACGUAUUCAAGUUUUGUAUUUUAUUCGAAUUGAAAUUGAAAUUGAAUUAACUAACGAUUUAUACUACCUCUCUCACAGAUACUGUUGAACCAAAAAGAAAUCGAGAAUUCCUUCUUUGAUUGAUUCCAAAUCGAAACCAAAGCUGCAAAGUAUAAUUACAUGUUAUUAAUAAUACAGCAAAUAAAUGCAUUUGUUUGAAGGCGUAAUUGAUAGUGAUCAGCGAUAUGUUCCCUAAAUAUUCUGCCUAUUUUUUUUCGUACGAAAUUACACACUCCGCGGGCGGACAAAUAUUACUUUUUACCAGCUUAUCAAGCAUUUCCCCUAUUGUCUUUGUGUUGCGGAUGCUCAAAUAAUUAUUAAAAAUAGUACUUAAUGGACUCUUUUGCACACCACACACUUUGUCUUUUGAUCACUAUUGAAAUUACGUAGUUAACAUGGUUCCAAAUCAUACGAAUACCGAUUUUAACGUAGAGGGAAUACCACCCUACAAUAUACGAUACUACUCAAGCAAGCAGCUACUAUUUCGAUUCAUAAAUAAAUACAGAAUACAAAAUACCAGCCACCAGUGAGUAAGUUGACAAGGAAUUAAAUUGGUUUUCCAAACUACGAUCUACGAUUAAUAAUUAUGAAUUAACUUUUCAUUUAUAUAUAUUGUAUGUGACUGUAAAUAAAAACAAGUUUUCAAACAAAGCUAAAAUAGUGACAAGAAAUCGAAUAUAUUAUAUAUUAUACGAAAAUAUGUGCGUACCUAUGUAUACUU